AUGUCCAACGAAAUUCCCAAAAAAUUGCCCAAGAAAGAUGAGUGUUCAGAUUGUCUUACGUUUGGAUCUCAUGGGUGCGAUGUUCUGAACGUACCCCUGAUGGAAUUUCCUCACACAUUCACUCUCAAAAAUGGCAAAAUCAAGGGACAUGGUAUCUUCUUGGGAUCCAAUCGUCACGACAAAUAUGAUUUUCUCAAGAGUUCAUAUCCAUCCUCUUUUGAGGAUAGUAUGGGUCGACAGUGGUAUCACUCAGAAGGAUUCAUUCAGGGGGCCAAAGCAAUUGUCAUGAACGAUCAUAAGCUUUCCGAGACCAUUCGUAAGGAACGAGAUCCAGAGAAAGCCAAGAAGUUAGGAGAGAUGAUACAACUUGAUUUGACCAAGUGGACACGCUCGAUUCAAAUCGCUGUCAUGAAACAAUCAAUCUUGUAUAAAUUUGAAGCCAGCCCAAAUCUAAGAAAAAAAUUAAAGGAAACCAUACCUCAACCUAUAGUCGAAGUAUCACCUGACAAUAUUUGGGGAUCCGGUCUUGGAAUGAAGGCCACUAAGCAAACUGCUAUUGCACAAUGGCCGGGAAACAACCUAUUCGGUAUACUUCUUAUGCAAUUUAGAGUGAUGAUAAGUCUUGACAUUGACAAUGAGUCUACUAUCAUCAAAUAUUAUAAAGAGGAGCUCGAUCUCAUUAGAGAAAUAGAGAAACUUCAUAAUCAAAGAAGCGAAGACAUCCAAUCCAAUACAGACAGCGUUAAGGAUAAGGAUGCAGUAAAGAGUUUACCUAUUGGAAUGGAGAAAUUUUCUCUUGGAGGUGAUCAAGGCAAUAAUGAAGUGGAACAUGAUUUGAAUGGAGAGGAUAGCAAUGAUGGCGAUGGCGAUGUUGAAGAAGGUGGGGUAUUACUAUCAGUAGCAUAUGGAUGA